GGAUGCUGCUGCUACUGUCACUGCUGCCGCUGCCGCUGUUGUUACAGAUUUUGCUUUUGCUCCUUCUACCGCUUGACAAUUGUUUUCCUCGUCUAAGCAGAUACCAGCCUCAGAUGCUCAAGGUGAGAGUCUUGCCUUUUGCUUUGGGCUAUUGGUUCACUUAAUUCUUCAGUUUGUUCUGUGUCCGUGGUUUUCUUUUUCUCUCAUCCUCCUCCCCCCGUUUUGUUUUUGUUUGUGCUUGCUUUUGGGAGGAUGUUUCUUCCCUCCUGCAGAAGAGCUGGAAUUGCUUGAGAGGUGUUUAAGGAAUUAUAAAAGUGGCCAGCAAACAGGAGCUCAGUAACUGCAAAGCUGCUCUUGCUUCAGAGAGGCAGAGAGAGUGACAGAGGGCUCGAGGGCAUGGGGGAAUGGGGGGGAUCCUCAUUUUUCCUCUGUGUUACUCCACUCCCAGUUUGGAUGAUGUUGCUGAGCUCGGACCUUUUGUUGACUCCCACUCUGUGAUUUUUGCAGAGCGCUGUGACUGUUACUACUACCAUCUCUUUUUGUCUGUGUCUCACAGUAAUGGACUGUGAUAGAGUUAAGGCCUUUUGGAGGUGAGCUGUUUGAGAGCUGAUGCUUAAACAUGUCUGAAGUAGCUGCCGACACUUUCCCCAGCCCCUCAGGUCAGCUGAGCCCUGAUGUGUCCCUUGACGGGCUCCCGGCUGAGGAGAACAUGCCGGGGACCCAAAGAGAGGACAGGAGGGUCCAGGGGAUAGCAGGCCUUGCCGCGACCUGCUGUGUGUGCCUGGAGGCAGAGCGACUGAAGGGCUGCCUCAACUCUGAAAAGAUCUGCAUCGCCCCUAUCCUGGCUUGCCUGCUCAGCCUUUGCCUCUGCAUUGCUGGCCUCAAGUGGGUCUUUGUGGACAAGAUUUUUGAGUAUGACUCUCCUACUCACCUUGACCCUGGGAGGAUAGGACAAGACCCAAAGAGCGCUGUGGAUCCUACAGCUCUGUCUGCCUGGGUGCCUUCGGAGGUGUAUACCUCACCCUUCCCCGUACCUAGCCCCGAGAGCAAGGCUGACGUGACAGUGCAAACUGACAGCUCGCUCGUGCCCUCCAAACCGUUCCUCCAGCCUUCUCUGUAUAACCGCAUCCUAGAUGUUGGGUUGUUAUCCUCUGCUGCACCUUCGCUGUCACCACCCGCCCUGGAGCCUACCACAGCAUCUCAGGCGCAAGCAACAGAAACCAAUCUCCAAGCUGCUCCAAAACUUUCCACUUCCACAUCUACGACUGGGACAAGUCAUCUCACAAAAUGUGAUAUAAAGCAGAAAGCCUUUUGUGUAAAUGGGGGAGAGUGUUACAUGGUUAAAGACCUCCCAAACCCCCCAAGAUACCUGUGCAGGUGCCCAAAUGAAUUUACUGGUGAUCGCUGCCAAAACUACGUAAUGGCCAGCUUCUACAAAGCUGAGGAACUGUACCAGAAACGGGUGCUGACCAUAACUGGCAUUUGCAUUGCUCUUCUAGUAGUUGGCAUCAUGUGUGUGGUGGCCUACUGCAAAACCAAGAAGCAGAGGAAAAAGUUGCAUGACCGCCUUCGGCAGAGCCUGCGCUCGGAAAGGAACAAUGUGAUGAACAUAGCCAACGGGCCGCACCACCCCAACCCGCCGCCAGAUAACGUCCAGCUGGUUAAUCAGUACAUUUCAAAAAACAUAAUCUCCAGUGAGCAUGUCAUCGAGCGAGAAACAGAGACCUCAUUUUCUACAAGCCACUACACCUCAACAACACAUCACUCAGUGACAGUCACCCAGACACCCAGCCACAGCUGGAGUAAUGGCCACACCGAAAGCAUCCUCUCUGAAAGCCACUCAGUGCUCGUCAGCUCCUCCAUGGAGAACAGCCGGCACACCAGCCCAGCGGGGCCCCGGGGCCGCCUCAAUGGCAUUGGCGGGCCACGGGAAGGCAACAGCUUCCUCAGGCACGCAAGAGAGACUCCUGACUCCUACCGAGACUCUCCUCACAGUGAAAGGUAUGUCUCCGCUAUGACCACACCAGCUCGCAUGUCACCUGUUGAUUUCCACACUCCAACUUCUCCCAAGUCGCCCCCCUCCAAAAUGUCACCACCGGCUUCCAGCUUGACCAUCUCCAUCCCUUCAGUGGCGGUGAGUCCCUUCAUAGAAGAGGAGCGACCGCUGCUCCUAGUGACCCCACCACGGCUACGUGAGAAGUAUGACCACCACCUUCAACAGUUCAACUCCUUCCACCACAAUCCUGCCCAUGAGAGCAACAGCCUGCCACCAAGUCCUCUGCGCAUAGUGGAGGAUGAGGAGUAUGAAACCACACAGGAGUAUGAACCAGCACAGGAGCCUCCAAAGAAACUUGCCACCAGCCGGAGGGUCAAAAGAACAAAGCCCAAUGGCCACAUUUCCAGCAGGGUGGAAGUGGACUCUGACACAAGCUCUGAGAGCAGCAGCUCUGAGACCGAAACCGAAGAUGAAAGAAUAGGCGAGGAGACACCAUUCCUGAGCAUACCGAACCCCAUGGCAACCAGUCUGGAGCCGGCCGCUGCCUACCGGCUGGUUGACAGCAGGACUAACCCGGCGAAUCGCUUCUCCACACCGGAAGAGUUGCAAGCAAGGUUGUCCAGUGUGAUAGCUAACCAAGACCCUAUUGCUGUAUAAAACAUAAAAAAACAUAGAUUCACAUGUAAAACUUUAUUUUAUAUAAUGAAGUAUUCCACCUUUAAAUUAAACAAUUUAUUUUAUUUUAGCAAUUCCGCUGAUAGAAAACAGGAGAGGAAAAAAAACUUUUAUAAAUUAAAUAUACGUAUGUACAAAUGUGUUAUGUGCCAUAUGUAGCAAUUUUUUACAGUAUUUCAAAAAUGGGGAGAGAUAUCAAUGGUGCCUUUAUGUUAUGUUACGUUGAGAGCAAGUUUUGUACAGUUACAAUGAUUGCUGUCUCAUAGUAUUUUGCAAAACCUUCUAGCCCUCAGUUGUCCUGGCUUUUUUGUGCACUGUGUUAUAAUGACUGGAUAUAUGAUUUGCGAGAACUGCAGAAGUCCCUCUGGUUGCUUGUUGUAGAAUCCCCAGAUCAAAAAGCCCUGUAAUGGCACUCCCAUCCUACACACCGCACCAAAACCCCCCCUCACACACACACAGAGAAAAAAAAAAGAAAAAAAGAAAAAAAGCUGAAAAAAACCAACAAAAAAUAUUUUCUUCUCUAACAAGUUUUAUUUGCUUUCUGUAUAUGAAAUGAAUUUUGUCUGCUCUCUGCCAUCCAAAAGGUUUGCUUCUUUGAGCACUGGGAUAAUAGUAGAUCAAACAGCAUGCUACUAUUAAUUACAUCAGGAUAACAAAAAAAAAAAACAAAAAAAAACCAAAAAAAAGCCAACCUGCAUUAAAUAAUAUUACUUAUAGAAAGAAAGUAAUACUGUGAUUUUAAAUCAAAUAUGUUAUUAAUCAGAGGUCAGCUUGUAAUCACUAGGAGCUGCCAUUUCAUUAUUUUCCAGAUAUUAAUUGUUCUAGUUAUCCCUUAGAAAAUGGGUUUAGGUUAGCUGAGGCUUUGAACCCAAUACUCUAUUUUAAAAAAGGUUAAAAAAAAUAAAAAAAUAAAAAUUAAAAAAAAAAUAUUAGUUUAAGUUAAUGGGGCAAAUAUAAUAGCAGAUAUCUGUAACCAAACAAGAAAGAGAUCUAGCUGGAAAACAAAUGCCACUAAUAAAAGUGCAAUCAGCUUUCACCUCUAUUUUUUAAUGUUGAUUUAUAAUAGAUCAUUUAUCCUUUUGUUUGCCCUCAAUUUUCUCCCCUUUCUUCUCUUCCUCAGAAGGAACCUUGACAAGCUUCUAGCAAUACCUUGUUAGAGUUGCUGUUGGAGUAAGCAUUACUCUUGGUCACAGAAAUUACUUUCAGGGAAAAACUGAUCUGCUGAAUGGUUAAAAAGUAUAGGCAAGUAGGAAAUAGGAAGGAAGCAGUGGAAUUAUGGUGUUAAUUUCUAUUCGCCUUUAUC